AUGAUUUGGAAAUGGCUGGGCGCUUUGCUGCUUUUCCCCGUGCAGAUGGUUUAUUUGGUGGUGAAAGCUGCCGUGUGCGCGGUGCUGCCGCCCAAGCUCCGGGACCUGUCCGGGGAGAGCGUGCUCAUCACCGGCGGGGGCCGGGGCAUCGGCCGCCACCUGGCCAGGGAGUUCGCGAGGCGAGGAGCCAGGAAGAUCAUCCUGUGGGGUCGAACUGAGAAAUGCCUGAAGGAGACCACAGAGGAAAUCAGGAUGAUGGGGACAGAAUGCCAUUAUUUCAUUUGUGAUGUAGGAAACCGAGAGGAGGUCUAUCGGCAAGCCAAAGCUGUGCGGGAGAAGGUGGGCGAUAUCACUAUCCUAGUGAACAAUGCUGCUGUGGUCCAUGGUAAAAGCCUGAUGGACAGUGAUGACGAUGCACUGCUCAAAUCACAACAUAUAAACACCCUAGGACAGUUCUGGACCACCAAAGCAUUCCUGCCAAGGAUGCUGGAGUUGCAGAAUGGACACAUUGUUUGCUUGAACUCUGUCCUAGCCUUGUCAGCCAUCCCUGGUGCCAUUGACUAUUGCACCUCCAAAGCCUCGUCCUUUGCCUUUAUGGAGAGCCUGACCUUGGGGCUGCUAGACUGUCCUGGAGUGAAUGCCACAACAGUCCUGCCCUUCCACACGAGCACAGAGAUGUUUCAGGGCAUGAGAAUCAGGUUCCCUAAUCUUUUUCCUCCUCUCAAGCCAGAGACUGUGGCUAGGAGGACAGUAGAAGCCGUGCAGAUGAAUCAAGCCUUCCUGCUCCUUCCAUGGACGAUGCAUGUUCUUGUCAUCCUAAAAAGCAUUCUCCCUCAGGCAGCACUUGAAGAAAUCCACAAGUUUUCUGGAAGCUACACCUGCAUGAACACUUUUAAAGGCCGAACAUAGACUUGGUGGUGGAAGGACUAUUCUUCAGCAAAACCAACACAAGCAUGAAAAUCCUGACAAGACUGUGAAUCAGCAGUCUUGGCUUUUAGCCUGUUCAUGUGACUUGCGCUGCUUUGAGGCAACACAUUUCUUGCAGGUCAUAUCCAUAGUAACAUGACCUUUGCACAGGAUUGAAUGACUAGACUAUGGACCCUUGGAAAGAAAAAAACAAAAGCGUGAAAUGUUUAUAUGAUGUUUAAUUCUUUAGAGUUCAAUUGUUAAAUCUACUCAUAGGUUUAAGAUGUAAUUUUUGUUUUUAAAGUGUCUGUAAGCUGUCUCAGCUGAGAGGCAGCACAUCACACCCCAGACUUUACACAUUCUCUUCAGAGGAACUGCAAUUGCAAAUUGAUUAUGAUUUCACUUCAGCUUUUUGAAUGGGAAACUUAAAAAAUAGUUUGAAGAACUACAAGUUAUGGACAUUUAAUGGAAGCUUCCUUCCCUUCCUUCACUUGACGUUGAUGAAGCUGCUCCCAGCUCAUGUCAAGGAAGGAGCAAGCUGUGGAGCAAACUGCUGUUUUCUUUGUUAAAGGCCACCCAGAUCUCCUCUCAGAAGGACUGUUCUGUGUCCAGGAAACCUGUCUUACUGCACCUGUGAGGGCUGGAGGGGGAUGCUCAGUCAGGAGAGCAUACAGUUUGAAUAGUGGAAGAUUCCAUCAGUGAGCUCAUAUAUGAAAUUUAAUUGUCUUUCUGAAUAUUUUUGUUCAUUUAUGAUGAAAAUAUAUAUAUAUUUUAGCAUUAAUCCCAGAUUGCCACGCAUGUAGGCAGCAUCAGAUUGGGGAUGAACUCAAUCUAGAACUACAGCUAGAGCCUGCUUGUACGAACACACAUUCACUGACAAUCCAUAGAGAGUAAAAUCCAUUGUAUCAAUCUGCACAAUGAAAUAAGUGGAAUAAUUCUCUGAAAAUAGAAGAGACAGUACUGUAGUGCUCAUGAAAUGUGAAGUUUGGAAGCACAGUUAGCAAAGAUCUGAUUAAAUGCACGUUGAAUUCAACUGGGAAUAUACCCAUUGUUUUUAGGGACAUUGAAUCGGGCACUGAUCAGUCAAAAGUGAUAAUCAGCCAAAAGUGAUAACUAUUGCUUGGACUGAAAUGCCAGAAGCAGCUAGACAUUAUUUAUUUUUGUAAUGAUAUACUCUCUUUGACAGCCCAGUAAGAGCAACACUGCAUUCCUGUGCCAGAUGCAGCGUGCAACACUAGGCACAGUAAUGUAAUCGAAACAAAUCGGAACACCACUAAGAGGCAUUAAUGUAAUUGCAAUACAGGAACAUAGCAAGCGGGACUGGAGAACACCUGAAUGAAGCGUCUGAAGGAAAGCCCCAUGGUUAAAGUACAGGAGUAAAGUUAGCACUCCUGGCUUGAAUUUUGGCCUUAUUUCAGAUGUCCUGUGUGACCCCGGGCAAGAUGAUAAUCUCAAGGUGCACCUUGACCUGCAAAACAGAUAUUUCUAGUGUUCCCCUACCUCAAAAGUUAUGUCUUACUACCUUAAUGUUUGUCAAAUGCUCAACAAAUUCAAAUGGAACACGCUAUAGAAAGGUUUUAUGCAAAAAUUUAAAAAAGGAAAAAAAAAGGAAAAAAAAAAUACCUCAAAGGUUGCAAUCUAUAAUUUCUUACAGAGAUCUGAGUUCCAGCAGAAAAGCUGUGAGCUGUAUUCGAGAUGUUUCUUUGGCUCUGCCCUGUAGAAUGGAGAUCAACUACUUAGAAGCAAUGAUGUGAAUGUUCAAAUCUGAAGGCCUGAUCCUUACUGCAAAUCAGUAGAUGUAUCUCUUCUUAAGCAGUUCAAGAGGAACAUAUUGCAAAAAAUGUCAUUGAUGCAAGCCCCUUUGCCUGCACGGGUACUUUGAGGAGUUCUCUCUAGGUCAGUGCUUUCCUUCUGAGUGCAGAACAUACAAGCUGUAGCACUGUGCCAGCUUUGACACGGUUUCUUACAAUGGAGUUUUGUUUUGAAUUCCUAGAUGUCUGAGGCUGUCUGGAGAGGAUGAAACUUUGAUCUCUGAUUUUGAUGCCCACUCUAAUAGAUGCUUUCAGCUUCAUUUUUUGUCAAUUUUUGAGAGGAAACCUAAUUCAUUGAAAACACAGCUGCAAUGAGGGGAGAACUCUUCCAGGAUCUGCCAGGAAUACGAAGGUACUACACUUAACCAAGAGACCCAUGGGAAAGGAAAGGAUGAUUCCUCACCUUAGGCACUGUCAUCCUUUCUAUUUUCUCAUUGACCACAGUCAGGAAUGCCAGGCUUGUAGAUGUGACAGCAAACAGAACUGGUGAAACAGGACACCUCACAGUGUCCUCCUUAAAUCAAACCUUUAUGUUGAGACUCUAUUCAUUAAUGACAUCCUAAUGCAAAAGUGAGGUUAAAAAGUAGUGCACACAUUGAAGUGCAUUCUCCACUCAUCUCCAAAUCCUGUCCCUUACAUGAAUCUGCUCUUUCUCUGCACUGCAUAAAAGAUGUUCCCUAUCUUCAGAGCUUGUCUUACAUACUAAGUGCUGUUGAUUUCUUUCUAAUGAAUAUAAACAAGUCAGAAUGUAGCAGAGACUCAUCGUCUCACUCCUCUCAUACACACACACAUGCACACUUCCCUCUCUCUUUCCCUCAGGGUCUCUGAGCGGACAGCAGGUCAAAUAGCAGUCACAGUGGGGGAGAGGUAUGCAGCAAACAGAAAAUAAUGAGGAAAACAUUGACUUUGCUUUUCAGAUAGUAAGGAAGAGUUGGGUAAGAGAGUUUCUUCACUUGUGAAUGUUGCAAGGUAGAAUGCUCUACAUACAGUGAGAUACUUGCAAGUCUGGAUGAAUACAUAUGAAGAGGGGGUUUUUUGUUUUUUAAAAGAAAGCCUCUGGAAUGCCUGCUGAGGUCUGCUGUCCCUUUGCACAUAAGGUUGGUAUUGGGUAAUUUUGAAGUGCUACAAAUGUGGACAAGCUUUGUAGAAGCCUAAGGCCUUCUCAAAGGCAUUUCCGCCCUUUGACUUAUUUUAAUUCUGGUUUUCCCUGCUCUCUCCACUGCCUCCUGCUUUCCACUCCACUAAAUUUUUUUUUUCCUUCUGUAUUCCUGUGUCAUUACUGCACUUUUCAGUGCCACCAUCUUGAAGCCAGAUGUCAUACAAAGGGUCUGGACUAAAUCUAAAUCAGGGUAUGUAUUUAUUAUGCAGCUGGAGGAAUCAAGGUGAAGCUGUAGGAGCAGGUCACAGAGGUUUCGUAUGAAAUUAGGUAAGUUCUUCAGGUUUUACUUGCUCCAAUCUAUGAAUUAAAAGGCCCUUACUGUAGUUUAUAUACAGGAGAUUGCUGCUGUUUUAAAAUUGGAAUGAUGAUAAAGAAAUGGUAGUCAUUGUGGGACAUGCAUUGUCCUGACAUAAAA